GGAGAAGUCUGAGAAAGGAAGGAGACGGGGUUACACUAUCCCAGCCCUGAGCCCACAAGCCCAGUCAAUGGCCCAAUCUCUGUGACGGCCCCACAGAUUGACCAGAAGCUGCUGGAGCAGGCGGAAGGAGAAGGUUUAAGGUCCAAGACCACGGAAAAGAGCCGGGUACGCGUCCCACCGCUCAAGAAGAGGCCCCUGGAAUGGCUGGGACCGGGAGCCAAACUGGCUGACAGGAGAAAUCUGCAGGAAAGGACCCGCUUCCCCUUCUGGACUCCUUUCCCCACUAGCUUCUCCCCUUUGCAAACUGUCAAGCAGAACAUCCCCCUGCAAGAGAGGGGGUCAAGUAGAGAACAGCCCUCGGGGACCACAGAGAUGAGCUCUGCUUCCUUCCUAUCCCCUGGAACCAUCUUACUGAGUGGGAGUCCUUGGAAGAAGUGUGAUGGAGCAUUGCAGUGGGACCUCCAGAAGCUGAACCUCGACAAGAGAAAAAUAUCUGAGGAUGUCCCUUUCCCAGCCCCCCACAACUUAGCCGUCACCGAACGCAGAGAGCUGAGGGGCUACUUUGAAAGGGAGGCUGCUUUCUACUUGAGGUACAGUAAGAGCUCUGAAAUUCCGCUUCCAACAUCACCGGAAGGACAGGCUGGUCUCUCUCUGCAAGUGCUGAGCGGCAAUGCCACUCUUCCUGAGGGAUUCAACCUAGAACCCAGAGCCAGACCUUUCAGUGAGAACCCUGCUGAGAAAUUACCUAGCAAGAUCAUUGUACCCAGCAGGGGGACGCCUUCCUUUUCGCCCCAGAGGAAGCCUGGACUUUUGGAGAGGGCUGCACAAGACUUCCCGCGGCCUCCAGCUCCUGGCUGCGUCCUUGGACCCGGGGCUGCCGACGCGGCGGAGCGGGCUCGGGGCCUCAGCGCGGCCGGAAAGGAGAAGCCCUAGAAGUCCAGCAGGAGGGGCCCGAGGAAGGAGCGCCGGGCAGCCGGGGCCUCUCCCAGAACUUCAGCCUCUCCUCGCGAGGCUCUGAAGCUUUACAGAGGGCUUCUUUAAGGAGACAGAAGUAGGGGGGUGAGGGCAGAGCUGCCUCUGGGGUCGUUCCUGUGCUUUGACAGUCCCCAGCAGAGCUGCCUCCAGCCUCAGGGAGAAGGCGGUGCCGGAGGAGCCAGGGAGUCCAAGGACCCGGAUGCAAAGCCUGCCCGAGCCGACUACCCGUGAGCACGUCCCGCACAAUGAGGUGGUUGGGCGCCAAUCCCAGGGCUUGGUUCCAAAUCCUGCCUUUGCACUUACUGUCUGCCUGACCUUGGGAAAAUUGUUUGAAUUCCGUGGACCUCGGCUCCUGAGGCGCAAACCCAAGGGCCCCUUCCAGCUCAAGAAUGAUGGCUCCAAAAGCAGAGGGAGCCCCAGGAGUCACAGAGCCUAGAUCCCAGUCCUGCUCAAGCAGGUACUGUCUGUGUGGCCUCGGGGGCCUCCUGAGUCUUCCAAAGCUGCUUUCUUCAUCUACAAAACGAAAGGAUUUGAUUCGAUUCCUUCUCUUUGGCUGUCUCCUCUGUGGGACCAUGGGGAUCAUUUGGAAAUAGACAAAGCUUUCCGGAAGCUCUGCUUUCCAGAAGGUUGCGAUGAUGGAGGGAGACGCUCAACAGAAUGAGAAAAAAGAUCCAGGAGAAAGAUGAGGGAGAAAAACGUCAGAAACCCAAAGGGAACCCAAUUCAGGAGUAUGUAAGGGUUGAGGGGUGGAAAGGUACAAGAAGGUGACGCCUAAGAGCUCUGAGCAUUUCGGGAGAUGCAUGGGAAUGAGUGCUACCCUAGAAAAAGCCUAGAAAGCAUCUCCAGGCAUUAUGAAGAGCUGCAGAAGCAGGUAAUUGAAGGAUCUGGAGGCACACCUGGUACCUUCAUCAUUGUUACUAAUCGAAGGUAGGAACCUUACAGGAAAACAGAGGAUGUAGGAAGUGACUAGCAGGUUACGAAGGUGAUGUCAAGGAUGUCGUUUUAUGGACAUAAGCUCAAAGAAGAGCAGGUUCCUGGCUAGAAACAAUACACACAAAUGAAAGGAGACAAGAAAAUGUGUGUGUGUGAGGAAGAGUCCAAGUUCAGUAGGUAGUCCAACCAAAUACUCUAGGAGGCAACAAGAAUGACGUAGCCAGCAUGGUGAGGAAAAGGAAGAGGUGUUCAGAAAUUUGCAGGAAAUGAUGCAGAAGGAUAGAUGCCAUACACUAUUGCAUAAAGUAUGUGUCAAUAGUGUAUGUGUCAGACUUGAGAACGCAACACGAGAGGUAGAUAUGACCAAUGAUACCAAGUCUUAAUGGGAUGUGAUUCAGGACUGGAUAUUGCAAUAAAAGAAUACAUCCUAUUCCAAAGGACAGAUUAAACAUAAAGAUCAGUGGGGUAGCAUUGUACAUCAAGAUAUUUAUUUGUGUGGAAAUCCUGAUGAUAGGAGCAAAGGACAAAGCAUUUUAUUGUGACUCAAAGGAGGAAGGUGAAUCAAAGGUACUGUCAUAAGGAAAGCAUAUUAAGCAUUACCAGGCUAGCUGAUAGAAUUGGAUGAUGCAACAAAGGUGGCAUGGAAACUGGUUAGAUUUGUAAUUGAUAGAAAACAUUUCAUAAGUCAGAUAUCUGCUGGAAGAUUCUGCUAAAAGCAGAGAAACUGAUAAAUUCUUAAUUUACCUAAUUGAUAAUUUCAUCUUCCAACAGAUGGAGGAAACAACAAAGAGGGCAUAUGGUUAAUCUGGCCUUAAGUUCUUUUUCUUUUUAAGUUUUUUUCCCCAACAACAAGUAUUUAUUCUUUCUCUUGUACUCCUUGUCCCUGUGCUGGGGGAGAAAAGGAAGAAAAGUAAAAUUCUUGUAAUAAAUAUGGAUAGUCAAGCAAAACAAAUUCCCAUUUUAAUGGUUCUUGUUCUGCCAGGGGAAAUAGUGAAGUAGAAAUGAAGAAAACCUUGAGAGAUUUUGUGCUUUUAGUUGUGAGAAUGGAAGAGGGGGAUCUCCAGCAUUGUUGGAUGUGUACACAGGACCCAAGAAAGCAGAAAAGUACUGUAAGAAGCUAGGAAGAUCCAAGGUCAGAAAGCACUUAAAAAGGAAGAUUGGUCAGGAAUGAUAGCUCCCAAGAAUGGAAUAUUAAUUGUAUAGUCAAAUUGAUUUUGAAAAGAAAAACAAAGAUGUUUAACAAGAAUCAAUUGGCUGAAUGGAGAGGUCACCAAUGAACUCAGAUUUUAAAACUACCAAUACAAGAGACAGAAAUUCAGGCAAGUAAGAAAAGUAUGAAGGACAUUAAAGCUAAAGACAAUGAAAGAGGGCACUUUUCACUAUGAUAAAACAAGCUCAAUGAAGGAAUAGGAUCCCUAUUUGGUAUAAAUGGGAAGAGAAAUGAUGGAAAGAAAACAGAAUCACUUAACUCCCUUUGUGUUUCUAUUUUCUCUAUUAAGAAGAAUUAUUUUCAGAAUGUGAUGUAGAUAACAAACUGUUUAUUGAGGAAUUAAAAACCACAAUGGUGGCAUUCAGUGGUUCAGUCACAUUUGACUUUGUGAACCCAUGGUUUAGAGUACACCAUGGAACCCCUAGGAAGAGCUAUGGUGAGUCUCUACCUGCUCCUAACAAGUUCAGGUUACUUGGCUUAGACAAUCUGCUUCCCAGGCAGGCUACUGAAAGAAGCCAUCAGUGUGAUUAUUGAACAACUGUUAGCUUUCAAUGGAACAACUAUUCCAUUUGAAAAAUGGAAAACAUUGGAUACUUCAAACCAUGGUAUCAUAGAAUUUAGCGGUAAAAGGGGCUCCAGCAAUCAUCUAGUACAAUUCUUCAUUUUAUAGAUAAGGCAACUGGGCCCAGAAAAGUGGCUAUCAGAGGUAGUAGAACAGGAGAACCAGAGCUUGAAUCAGGUCCCGUGACUUCAAAGUCAACAAUUUUUUCAGUCCCAAGCCAAUAAAAGUUGACCAGGUAUUUCACAUGCAUUCUUAUUUGGUGCUGAUAAUAACCUAAGAUCUCAGAUAUUUUGGUCUCCACUCUACCAGCUUGUGGCUGAUGACCUUAAUGUUAAUUCUUGGUUUAAAAAGAAAAAACAAAAGACUUAGAACAGAUUGUUUUAAAACAUUUGUCAUUUGUAUUUUGAAAGAGAAGAGCUAGCACAGAUUCAUCAUUCAAAAGAGCAUUCUAUCCCUACUAACCUAAUUUCAUUUUUGACAAGUGCCUAGACUAGUAAAUCAGGAGUAAUAGCUAACAUUCAUAUAAUGCUUACUUUGUGUGAGGCACUGCGCUAAGCACUUUAUAAUUAUCUCAUAACACAAGAAAUUAAGUGCUAUUAUUAUGCCCAUUUUACAGAUAAGGAAACUGAGAUAAACAGGCUUAGUGACUUGCCCAAAGUCUUGAACUCAGGCACUGUGCUCCAUCCACCAACAAAGGAUGCUUGGAUUUAGGCAGGUCAGUUUCUCCUGAUAAACUUGUAGGCAAAAUAAAAAGAUCUGGAUUAAGCUUUAUAAAGUGGCUCCAGAGCUGGUGGAUAGACUGUGCUGGAAGACUUCUGAAUCAUGGAUCAGUGUCUCCCACCACAACUAUCUCACACCUCUGUCUUUGCUGUUGUCUUGAUUAAGUCUUCAAGAUUUCUGUUAUUUGGGUGAAAACAGAUGGCACACUCACUCACUGAUUUUGUGACUCACACAAAUCUAGGAGAAAAUCUGUUGGAUGACAGAACUAGGUCCCCACAAAUUUCAACAGGCUCCAUAUGUGGGAUGAAACUAGUAAAAUCACAGUAUCAUAGGGGUAGCGAUAGAUCUUUGGAGACUGUUUCCUCUUGUUUUACAGAUGAGGAAACUGAGGUCUAAAGAGUUUUAAGUGUUUUUAGGAGAUAUAGAUUUAGAACUGGGGAAAGUCUUAAAGGUCAUCCGAUUCAACUUCAUUUUACAGAUGAGGAAACUGAGACUCCAAAGAAGUUAAAUAAUUUGUCCAGUGUCAUAUGCUAAGUGCCUGAGGUGGGAUUUGAACCUAGAUUUCCUGACUCUAAACCCAGAGUUUUUUCCAUUACAUCAAGGUUAGAAAUAAAUAUAAAGGCUUGUACUUGGAUUCAAAAUAAUGAACUACUGAAGUAUGAGAGGGGGAGAGAGUUCAUGUAAAAAAGGCCAAAAUGGUUUUGCUUAACUAUUUUCAGGGAAUGUACUUUGUGAAGGGGAUUGUUUGGGCAUUUGUCGAAAAAUAUCUGUUGUGUCAGAACAAAAUGUUAAUUAAAAAUAUAUGUACAGA